AUGGCGAGGCUAUUUUUAGACAAAUUUUUUCCCGCCUCUCGAGCUGCUAACCUUCGUAGAGAGAUUUGUAGUAUUAAGAAACGAGAUGUUGAAACUCUCCAUGAAUAUUGGGAGAGAUUCAAACAUCUUUGUGUGAGUUGUCCUCAACAUGGAAUCUCGAAACAAUUGCUUUUGCAAUACUUCUAUAAGGUUCUCCUUCCGAUAGAUAGAAAGAUGGUUGAUGCCGCAAGUGGCAGUGCCAUGUUUAACAAAACUCCAAUCGAGGUUAGAGCUCUAAUCACUACUAUGGCCGAAAAUUCCCAACAUUUCAGUGUAAGGAGUGACAUGAGGAGAGAGCCAACGAAGGCCAAUGAGGUAAAUGUUGCGAGCAUCGAGAGUUGUUUGUAUGAUCUUAUUAACCUGGUAAAACAGCUUGUAGUAGGUAAAGAACAGGUGAAAGCUUAUGGAAUAUGUUUGGCAACAGGCCAUCCAACCGAUGCAUGCCCACAACUUCAAGAAGAUGAGUUGGUGACGGUCGAAAAUGUGAAUGCCAUAGGAGGCUUUCAAGGUCAGCCACAACAACAACGGUAUUUCAACAACAAUUUUGGCAACCAAAGACCGCAAUUUCAAAAUUUCCAGCAAAGGCUGCCACAACAACAAUUUAGCAAAGAGCAUGCUUCAAUCCGAAUCAAGCUACUUCUGGUAGCUCAGAAAAUGGAAGCAAGUAUUCAUAAUCUAGGAGUUCAAAUGACACAACUUGCUACUUCUGUGAGUCGGAUAGAAUCUCAAGGAAAGUUUCCUUCCCAAAUAGAAACGAACCCGAAACAAAACAUAAGUGCAAUCAUCUUGGGGAGUGGAAAAGAGCUUGAAGAACCAAAGUUGGUGAAGAGUAGAGUAGUGGAGAAAGAAAAUGAGGUAAGUCCAAAACCGGUUGAAAGCGAGGAGCAACCGGAAUCCACCAUUUAUGUAAGUGAUAAAGCAAAGGUAAUUCCACCUCCCUUUCCUACAUGUUUUCAAAUAUCUAGCAAAGCUAGAGAAGAAAAAGAAAUUUUAGAAACUUUUAGGAAGGUUGAAGUGAAUAUCCCUCUUUUAAAUGCAAUUAAACAAGUCCCUCGUUAUGCCAAGUUUUUGAAAGAACUGUGUACCAACAAAAGAAAACUUAAGGGUAACAAGACGAUCAAUAUGAGUGAAAAUGUGUCGUCCAUGUUUCAAAUGAAGCUACCCCUAAAGUGCAAAGAUCCUGGUGUUUUCACCAUUCCUUGCAAAUUGGGGAAUGUUACGAUCAAUAGGGCUAUGCUUGAUUUGGGUGCAUCUAUCAAUGUGACGCCAUACUCUAUCUUUAAUAUUUUAAAUAUAGGCCCCUUACAAGAAACUGGGGUGGUUAUUCAUUUGGUCGAUAGAUCUGUGGUACACCCGACAUGGGUAUUAGAGGACUUAUUGGUUCAAGUGAAUGAGUUUGUUUUCCCCUCUGAUUUCUAUGUCAUUGAUAUGGAGGAAGAUUCUCAUCAAAAUCCACAUCCAUUUUGUUAA